AUGGAGCCCGCCGUCCCGCUCUCGCUUUCCCUGCACCAGCGCUCCUCUCGGCGCUGCAGGCGCGGAAGACUGAACUCUCGCAUUGACGGCCACUGCUCUUUCUCUCGCAGGAGCCUCUUGGCCUCUUCCCCCUCCCACUCCCCCUCUCUCACCUUCCGCAUUCCCGCUGUCCCCCGUGCCUCUCCGCCCCACGGCCCGCACGAUCGGCUGGCAGCGGCGGCGCUGAAGGAGUGUGCGGCGGAGUGGGGGAUGAGCGCGACGGGGUGGGCGCGGGGCGCGGAGUGCGCGCAGGCGCAGGCCAUCACAUGCGAUGGCGAUGGCAUGGUGACGUCACUGGACGUGGCGCAGAGGAAUCUCACCGGCUCCCUGCCCUUCGCCCUCUCCGCCCUCUCCCGCCUCCACUCCCUGUCAGUCACCCCGCCCCGUCGCUCUCUUGUCUGCUCACUCCACCCGUCUCCACUCCACCCGACUCCACUCCACCCGUCUCCACUCCACCCGACUCCUUUGCCUUCUCGCUCUCAUGCUCUGCCCACCUCCACCCAUAACCCACCAUACCCCCCCUUCCACCCCCCUCGCCCUCGUGUACGCGAGGCGCGCAGUAAUGUGCGCAGCAACCAAUUGUCGGGACCUCUGCCGCCCGCCCUCUCCACUCUCGCCCGCCUGCGCACCCUGCGAACUGCCCCCUGUGAGGCGCACUGCCCCCUGCGCACUGCCCCCUGCGCACUGCCCCCUGUGAGGCGCACUGCCCCCUGUGAGGCGCACUGCCCCAAGCGAUGGGAUGAGGGCUUGAGUUGA